AUGCAGCGCCGCACCGCCUUGCUCCUCGCCGCCUUGAGCGUCGCCUCGUCCAUCGAGGCGCCGCGCAGCCGCACGACGGCGCUGCGCGCCGCCGCGGCGCCCAAAACAAACUCUCUUCCUGCCGUCGCCGCGGGCGGCGCCCUGGACGCGGGCCUCGCGAAGCGGCUCGAGGUCGGCGCCGUCUUCGCGCUCUGGUACGCGCUCAACGUCUACUACAACGUGCUCAACAAGAAGGUGCUCAAGGUCGUCAAGCUGCCGUGGCUCGUGGCGACGGCGCAGCUCGCCGUCGGCGGCCUCUACUCGCUCGGCGUCUGGGCCGCGGGCCUCCGCGCGGGGCCGGCGGACCUCGGCGCCGCGGUGAAGGCGGCCCUCCCCAUCGCCGCCGCCCACGGCGCGGGCCAGGCCGCUACCGUCGUGAGCCUCGGCGCCGGCGCGGUCAGCUCGACGCACGUCAUCAAGGCGCUCGAGCCGCUGUUCAGCGCGGCGGUGAACGCGGGCGUCAACGGCGAGGUCCUGCCGCUGGGCGUCUACGCGUCCCUGCUGCCCGUCAUCGGCGGCGUCGGCGGCGCCGUGGCGACGGACCUGAGCUUCAACCCGCUGUCGUUCGCCGCGGCGAUGGCGUCGAACCUCUGCUUCGCGUUCCGCGCGGUCUGCUCGAAGAACGCCAUGAGGGCGCCGGGCUCCGUGCUCGCGGCGCUCGGCGCGCCGUCGCUCUUCGGCGUCGUCACGCUCGGCGCGCUGCUGCUCGUCGCGCCCGUCGCGCUCGCCCUCGAGCUCCCGGGCCUCUCGGCCGCCGUCGCCGGCGUCGCGUCGCCGGGCCUCGCCGCGAGCCUCGCCUGCAGCGGCCUCUUCCACUACCUCAACAACGAGGUCAUGUACCUCGCCCUCGCGCGCGUCCACCCCGUGACGCUCGCCGUGGGCAACACGCUCAAGCGCGUCGUCGUCAUCCUCGCGGCGCUCGUCGUCUUCCAGGAGCCCAUGAACCUCGCGACGGCCGUCGGCACGGCCGUCGCCAUCGCCGGCGUCUUGCUCUACUCGGUCCUGAAGCAGAAGCUCGCGUGA